AUGUCGCAGCCUUGCACUCUCUGCGAUCUUCCAACUGAAAUUCUCCAUACCAUAGCGAGAUAUCUCGAUGCGUUCAGUCUUGUCUGGCUACAACGUUCAUGUCGAGACUUUCGUAAAUUGAUACCGGCUCCUACUCAUCAAGAGUUGAUGGAAGCGGAAACCACUGAAUUCGGCAUCUUGAACGACUUUUACGCUUGUCAAGACUGUCUUAGGCUACGACCACGGGCAAAAUUCGCCGAUAAUAUGACAAAGCGCAAAUACGCCAAGAGGGAGCCUCGUGCAAACAAUCGGUAUUGCGUGGAUUGUGGCAUCAACCCGCGCCCACAUACCAAUCGAUACACAGCCGGCAACCAUAUUAAAAUUCUAGAUAAAUCAUAUAUCAUCUGCUUGCGGUGUCGAGAGUUUGGAGCGCUGGCUCCAAAGGACUGGAAUCUGUCUGGGCUGUGCGAAAGCUGUGGACGGAAAUUCCGAGAGCGUAUUGAGGCUGAGAGAGAGCGACAGGGAAGGGCCCGGCUUCGAGCUGAACAGGCUGCCCGAAGAGCCAGAAGACGUGAAUUAUAUUAUUCGGCUUCUGGCAGCGAUGAAGUAGUGCCGCCGAGUCCGACGUGGUCGGAUGAGCAGAUGGAUAUGGUUCAAUGCGAAGCUGACACAUACAUGAACAGCCCUGGGCCUGGGUCUGACUGA